CAUCUGCUCCUCACAUGAAUGCACUCACCUCCUAGAGACCAGGCUGCCAUCAUGCUCUGGAAGCUCGUGGAGAAUGUCAAGUACGAAGAUAUCUAUGAGAUGUUAGUCCACACCUAUUCAUCCAUGGACCGGCACGAUGGCGUCCCGAGCCACAGCUCGAGGCUCUCCCAGCUGGGCUCGGUGUCCCAAGGACCUUACUCGAGCGCCCCGCCGCUGUCCCACACGCCGUCGUCAGACUUCCAGCCGCCUUACUUCCCGCCCCCCUACCAGCCGCUCCCUUACCACCAGAGCCAGGACCCCUACUCCCACGUCAACGACCCCUACUCCCUGAACCCACUGCACCAGCCCCAGCAGCAUCCCUGGGGACAACGGCAGAGGCAAGAAGUGGGUUCCGAAGCCGGUUCUCUCCUGCCCCAGCCUCGGGCCGCCUUGCCCCAGCUCUCCGGCCUCGACCCUCGAAGGGACUACCACUCGGUCCGCCGGCCGGACGUGCUGCUGCAUUCUGCGCACCACGGCCUGGACGCGGGCAUGGGUGACAGCCUCUCGCUGCACGGUCUUGGGCAUCCAGGAAUGGAAGACGUACAGUCAGUUGAAGAUGCCAAUAACAGCGGCAUGAAUCUAUUGGACCAGUCUGUCAUAAAAAAAGUUCCAGUUCCUCCCAAAUCUGUGACUUCUCUGAUGAUGAAUAAAGAUGGUUUCCUGGGAGGCAUGUCCGUCAACACCGGCGAGGUGUUUUGCUCAGUUCCUGGCCGUCUGUCUCUGCUCAGUUCAACUUCAAAGUACAAAGUAACGGUGGGGGAAGUUCAAAGACGGCUUUCGCCCCCUGAAUGCCUCAAUGCGUCUCUCCUCGGCGGCGUCCUCAGAAGAGCCAAAUCGAAAAAUGGGGGGAGAUCUUUGCGAGAAAGGCUAGAAAAAAUCGGUUUGAAUUUACCCGCGGGCAGGCGCAAAGCAGCAAAUGUCACGUUACUCACCUCCCUGGUGGAAGGAGAAGCUGUUCACUUAGCUCGGGAUUUUGGGUACAUCUGCGAAACAGAGUUUCCUGCCAAAGCUGUUUCCGAGUAUUUGAACCGGCAGCACACGGACCCCAGUGACCUGCACUCCCGAAAGAAUAUGCUGCUGGCCACCAAGCAACUUUGUAAAGAAUUUACAGAUCUGCUGGCUCAGGACCGGACGCCCAUAGGCAACAGCAGGCCCAGCCCUAUCCUGGAGCCCGGGAUCCAGAGCUGCCUCACGCACUUCAGCCUCAUCACGCACGGCUUCGGCGCCCCGGCCAUUUGCGCCGCGCUCACGGCCCUGCAGAACUAUCUCACCGAGGCGCUCAAAGGCAUGGACAAGAUGUUCUUGAACAACACCACCACUAACAGGCACACGUCUGGGGAAGGCCCAGCUUUGCCCGCAUGGUUUAUGAGCUUCUUCAAAGAGGACUGGGGCUUCCUACACAAACUAUAAGGGCAACGCGCCCCACGCGUGUGACGUGCGAGGGACGCGAUGGACGCGCCUUGCUCUUACUGUGCAGGUCCUGAGAGCGUGGGGGCCACUCGCGCCCAGUCGUGUUGAGGACAUAGAAUCAGCCGCUGCAGGGGCCACGGGCCGCGUGGGCCUUUGCUGCUCUCGGUCUGAUCUUAAGGGCUAAGGCGACCGAGAUAGCCCCAUUCUCCAGUAGGUAAUGGGGCGGCGCCCCAAGGGCUGCAGGCGGAGAGGGGUCUCAGCGCUGCCCAGGCCCUUUGCUACCAGCGGCCACCCCGGGGCGCCUGCUCCAGGAGGGCGAGUGCCCUAGAAAUGUCGAGAGAACCAGAAGCUUCCCCCGGCUUUGCCAGGACGAAAACUCUCUCCAUCCUCAGGCUCCUAAAGGCAGGUGAUGGGAUAGAAAUGGUCUUACUUGGCUACGAAGACUUCCGUGGCCCUUCGCCAUUCAUUUGUGCGUCCCGCCACCCCAUCCAGCGAAGUGGAGCUGAGUGCGGGUCUCCUCCGCCCCACCAUGACCCCAGUGGUGGCAGCCCACUGGCUCCUCACCUUCCCUCACUUCUUUUAUGUAACACCUCUGCCCCUGUUGUUUUCGUUAGCCAGGCCCUCUAUGUUUAUCUCACAAUUGAGUUAUUAAAAGAUUUGGUUUUCUUGGGCCCAUAAAUCAAUAAACAGGAUUAACUCAAGAGUUGGCCUUUUAAAUAAAGGGAAACAUUUAAAGCAAGCCUUUUUGAGCUUCGUUUUCAAACCAAGCAGGUGAACUGCCACUCUCGCUCCACCCUCCAUUUUUUAGACAAUUUAGACAGCCCCGUGCCCUUCCCAAAUGCCUGGUCUCAAACCAAAAUGGCUCAAGAUAGAAAGGAGUCAGGAUGUGUGUCAGUGCUGCCCUCCCACAUUCCACUUUGCAAGUUCCUCUGGAGGUUUUACAGGUCUUCUGACCAUUCUGUGCCCACCACUGCCUCUUCCUACAGGAACUGUGAGUCUCACUGGGAGCUCCCCCUCCUCCCCCCCGCAAAAAAAGAUGCUGCUGGGUGAGGAUUCUAUGUCAAAGAAAUCUUGAACUUCUCCCGGAAACUGGGGAGGUACCCACCCCUGCCUUGCCCCAGUUAUCUUGCAUUUUCUCUCCUCCUGUCAGGUUCCACAUCCUUAGCUUUCUCCACCCCCCACAUGAAGAACCUAGGAGGCUUUUCAAACACCGGACUCUUAUUUUCUUUGGCUGAGGAAAACACUUUCUCUCAAGCAAUUAUUUCAUAUCCUAAGAAAAUUUUGGUCAAAUGGAAAUCCUGAAACCCUGAAGUUACCUACACACUGUUCCUCCAGUACAAAGCCUUACUUAAAAGGGCAACACAUUCUGACUGAGAGUGUUUAUAGAGCAUUUGUCAUCAAAUCUGAUAUGCUGUAUGCACGGUACAUUAUAUGGAAAGGAAAUAACUUAAACCAUCCAAUGUUGCCUCAAGAACCCAAAUGGUGUUUUUCCCUCCUGGGCCAAUGCCUGUUAAAUUGUCAGGGGGAAAAAGACAGAAGAAAAAUAUAAAAAUUCAUUUGUUUUCUUUUAAAAGUAGACUGAAAACUAUUCUUUAAAUGCCAAAAUUGACUCCUCUGUUGAGUUGGUCUCUAGUUCACUGACAUUGUUUUGCCACACAAUCAAGAAAUAUCAAUCUAUUGACUCUUCAGGAGAAGAGCUCUGGAAGGUAUCCAUGUUAAGUUUGUAUAUAUUUAUUUAUGCUUAAUUUAAUGGGAAUGUGUAAAUAUGGCGAGCAAGUAGUUUGGGAUUAUUUAUCUGUGAAUCUAUACCUCUGUGAAUGGGUGGUAAAAAAAAAACAAAACGCUUGACCCUAGAUAGAAUGCUAUCUGAAUUUUUCUGUUCUUUAUAGACAAACUGUUAAUGGUAAUGGGUAGAAAUUGGUUUAUUGUCCAGUGUUGAUCUGAUUUACAUAAAUAAAAGAUCAUUGUGUUUUUGUUGCGUUUUCA